CAUAAACAUAACCUUUAAUAUUGGUUUAUUUAUUUUAUUUUCCCACUUAACCAGGACCAGAGUGGCAAUUAUUAGGCUACCAAACAAGGCAGCUUAAAAAAGGUCUUGGAUUCAAAAUGAAACUAUUAACAGAAGAAUGAAGUUCAAGUGAACAGGAAUUUAAAAAAAGGGAGCAAAUCCAUUAAGGAUUGUUUUAUAACUUAUACAGCAUGAUACACAAUAGUAGAGUGAACAAGUUUUUAGUCAUAAAAAAAAUUACAUAAGUUACAAAGAAUAAUUCCAUACAAACUUUUUGUAGAACCAUAGCCUACAAACAUGUUUAGAAUUCUCCAUUCAGUUGUUAGACAAAACGCUUGUUUUGUUUUAACAUUCAUAUUAGGAUUUUGUUUGAGUGUUUUCAUAGCACCAAUUCUAGUUACCAAGGAUUGUGGUCAAGCAAAUGUUAGAUUCACUGACGAAAACACCAACAGAAAAUUAUUGGAAGAAGUGGAUGUUUACGAGCCCAAGAUCAAUUUGGCUGCAAAACCGAAAAUUGCUUCAAAACCUAGCAAUGGAAUGAUAAGACCAAGAUUUCACAAGGCGGAACUAGGUAUUAGAAACAAACUGUUUCUUGGAAUAUUAACAUCACCGGAUACAAUAUCAACACUUGCUGUUGCUCUCAACAAAACAACAAGUCAAUUUGUCUACAAGAUCAUGUAUUUUAUUGAUGCGCCAAGCGCACAACGACUCAACGUAUCAAAGUUAAAACUUCCAGGAAUUGUUGGAUUUACUGAUACAAGAAAAUCUCUCAAGCCAUUUCAUUUGGUAAAAUAUAUCAGUGAUAACUUUUUGGAAGAUUAUGAUUACUUUUUUAUUAUAAAAGAUACAAGUUAUAUCCACGGACAAAGACUAGUGGAAUUUACAAAACAAAUUAGCAUUCAACAUGACGUCCACAUUGGGCAAAUUGUGAAAACAUCAUCUGAAAAUAAAAUUUGCUCAUUAGAUUCUGGUAUUCUCUUAAGUAACUCUGUGAUAAGAAAAAUGCAAAAAUUAUUGGAGUGGUGCGUUAAAAAUCUACCAUCCAAAGAUGACAAUGUUAAUUUUGGAGAAUGUGUGAUUCAUGCCAGCAACGUGCCUUGUUCUUCAGUAGCGCAGGGAUCAACAUUUAACACAUAUUCUGUGAAAAAUAGUAAAUCAGACUUUAAACUACCCACAAUCGAGAAGGAAAUGCAGAAGUUUGACCAAUCAAUUGUAAUAUCUCCAGUUUUAAAAGACGCACACUUGUUUCUGAUUCACUUUUACUUUUCUCAGGCGGCCGUUGAAAGAUUGAACACUUUGGUGGAAGAGUUGCGGCAGGAAGUAGUGAUGACUGGGAGGAGGGGGGAGUGGGAGACGAGGGAGUGGCCAAUAGCCAGUCAGCCAGCUGCGUCUCCUACUUCACACUUUGAUGUCGUCCGCUGGGAACACUUCACCACCACUCACAAGUACUUGCCUGACGACUUCACCAACAUGGCUCCACUCAGUGGAGCGGACGAGGAGGAUAUUCAGAGAGUUAUUAAAAGAAGUAUCGCCUACAUUGAGAAUAAAUAUGACGGAGCUUUAAAAUUUCACAGUUUUAUCAAUGGAUACCAAAAAUUUGAUCCUUCAAGAGGAAUGGACUAUAUUAUUGAUCUUGCUUUUCGAGAGACCACAAGUGGGAAAACUAUCAACAAAAGGCUAGAAGUGUUCAAAUCUUUGGGUAAAGUAGAAAUGGUUCCUGUGCCGUAUGUGACGGAGAACGUCAGAGUGCAUCUCAUCAUCCCGGUGAGGUCUUCAGAUCAGGAGAGGAUAUUGACGUUUUUGAAACAAUACAGUGUCAAUGCCAUGGAAAAGAAGGACUUACAGUUCCUAAUGAUGGUAUUUAUCUACAGCUCCCAUGAAUCUUCCAAGGGGGAGGAUGACGUUUUUAAGCAAGUGAAACAGAAGGCUCUUGUAUUGUCGAACAAAUUUGAAAAAGUUGGUAAUUUAAUUAAAUGGCAUUCAAUCAAGCUGCCAACCAACAUGACAACCUUUCCCACUGAGGCUCUUCUAGACUUUGCUGUCAUGGACUCUGUCUUGAAGAAAUUCACAUCUGACAGCUUAAUUUUAUUUGGAAGACCAAACAUGGAAGUUCGUCUAGAUUAUUUUAACAGGGUAAGGAUGAAUACAGUGUCUGGGUUCCAAGUGUUCAGCCCCAUUCCUUUUGCUGAAUAUCAGCCGGAGAUUGUUUAUAAUGAAGAUCGUCCGCAACCUCCAGAACUCGACAUCAACAAGAACUAUGGCCACUAUGACUCCUUGAACUUCAGGCACAUCUCUUUUUACACCUCCGACUAUACAAAAGCUCGUAAGGAGAUCGAAAACACAGUUCCUAUCGUGAAGUAUGACAAAGACAUAUGGAAGCUGGUUCCCAAAGCUACAGUGACAGAGGACAGUCAGCUGUACAGCUACAUGACACAGGGGAUUUACGCCAUGCUAGUGAGUCACAGCGCAGCACAUGUAAUGAGGGCUGUCGAGCCCAGCUUGCGACUGAGACACGCGGGAGAGAUGUGUGCGACUUGCGACUACUGCAGCCAAACACAAGCUUUUAAUCUGGCUCCCAGGAGUCUGUUAGGGCGUCUGCUGCUUGACUACCAAGCCGAGGCCGGUAGUGUUAAAUAAACAUAGUAUUAUUUUAUAACGUAGAAUAGAAUAUAUUUAUUGCUGAUUUAACAAAGAAUAUUUUUAAUAUAACAAAUAUAUAUUUUACUGUA